AUGGCCGCGUUGGCAAUUCCUCAAGUUUGCAGUCCGCAAGUCUCGACGCCGACUGAAAUUGCUACAACCUCCAAAAAACCGCAGCAACUCUUCCGUUCGGCGCUGAUUCUCCGGAAAAGCACGCGUUGGCAAUGGGAAAAAGAAUCGACGGGUCUUUCAGACGCGGAUCUCAAAAAACACCUACUGGCAAAAGGCAUGAAUGUUCAAGAGAUCCUCGAGAAUGAAAAAAAGCAACUGAACGCGGUUAACGAGAUAGUCGCCAGGCUACAGCAAGCGGGAAUUGCGACACGGGUUGUUACCAGAGACGAGCUUCAACGAUACCUGCCAAAUGUGGAUAUUGUCAUAUCAGCAGGUGGUGACGGAACAUUCCUCACCGCUGCUUCCGCGGUAAGCGACGACACUCCAGUGGUCGGUGUGAACACCGACCCGAUUGGAUCUGAAGGCCAUCUGUGUGUUGGUGGCAAAAAUCCGCCAAGGGACCUAAUUGAUCAGCUAGUUUCGGGAAAGUUAAGAUGGAUUCGACGAUCUCGCAUUCGCGUAACCAUUAAAGACCCCAGAAAUUGCUUCUUCUCGUUCAACAAAAAACCGAGAAAAUCUGUUACCAACCUAGCAUUGAAUGAGGUUUUCAUAGGGGAAGAUGAGGCUGCCAAAGUCUCCACCUACAAUAUUUCAAUUGAUGAUUCUCCAAUGGUGAAGCAGAAAAGCAGCGGAAUGAUAGUCUCGACGGGAACCGGAAGCACAAGCUGGUACCUUGGCAUGAAUCGAAUUGAUGAGGCUACUGUAACGUCGCUUAUUGAAACUAUGCAAUCAAUGGGAAUCAAUGUGCCAGUAAAUCGAUCAAUGGCCUCGAAAAUCGCCAACGAAUACAACAGCAAAAUCCCAUUUGAGCCGGACCAUCCAAGCUUCGCUUUCUCAAUUCGCGAGCCAAUUUUCAAUGAAACCUUCAAAAGGACCGCGACGCGAGGGUUUGCCCGAAUGAUUAAACUCGAAUCCAGGUGUACGAACGGGUAUUUGGUGCUCGACGGCUCAAACAAGAUUCCAUUCCCGCGUGGAUCUGUGGCUAUCAUUGAAAUCGCCCCAUCGGACGCAUUGAAGACUGUAAUUUUGUAA